AUGGCGAACGAGAAGAAUAACGAGCCCACCUCUCCAGCUGAGGCAUGGAGGACCCAAGGCGUCUUGACCGAUGAGAAGGUUGCUCCUAACGCGACACUCCAUCGUUUAGAUUCAGAGGAACAGGUCUUUGAAUCGCACCUCAACGUAACUGAGGAUGAUCUCAUUGAGGCCAAGGCGAUCGCCGCCACCCUCUCCUUGGAAGGAGUGCGCAAGAUGAUGCAAAACGUUCUGAGAAUCCACGAUCGCGACCCCAACUUCCCUCACGUCACCCUGAUGAAGAUCCACGAGUUUCUUGACAACGAAGCCGUGUUCGACAACCCCGACAAGCACGAGCAACUGAUCUGGGAGAUGAAAUUAGAGGCUGCUCUGAUCACAAAUAACAGCCCGUACGCCGAAGUCCGAGCUGUCGUCGACAACAAAGAUGACCCCGAGUCCCCUUGCGGGACUAUCAGAGCGUGGACGAUUGGUAUCUUCUUCUCAGUUUUCCUCGCUUUCGUCAACCAGCUCUUCAGUAUCCGUCAGCCAAGCAUCAGUAUCGAGUCCAACGUCGCUCAGCUUCUGGCCUUCCCCCUUGGUAAGGCUUGGGAGAAGCUGAUGCCCAAUGUCAUCAUCACAAUAUUUGGGAAAAAGUUACAGCUGAAUCCUGGACGCUUUAACAAGCAAGAACACAUGCUCAUCGCAAUUAUGGCAAAUACGGCUAAGUCUCUGCCUUAUACUCAAUAUAUCGUAUGGAGCCAAGUUUUGCCCCAGUAUUUCAACCAGCCAUACGCAAAGAGCUUCGCCUACCAGCUCUUGAUCGGCUUGUCGACUAACUUUAUCGGUUAUGGAAUUUCAGGGUUGACUCGAAGAUUCAUCGUGUACCCGUCGUACUGCGUGUGGCCGGCAUCGCUCGUCACGAUUGCUCUCAACUCGGCGUUGCAUAAUGAGUCCAAUGUCGCAGUGCCUGGGCCCUUCAAGAGGCUUUACUCGAUGACCCGCUACAAGUUCUUCCUGUGGUCCUUCGCUGCAAUGGGAAUCUAUUUCUGGUUUCCAAACUACAUUGACUCAGUCUUGACCUUCUUCUCAUGGAUGACCUGGAUCUCCCCAAACAACCACAACUUGGAGAUCAUGACUGGAUUCCGUAACGGCUUGGGCAUGUUUAACUUCUGGCCUACCUUUGACUGGAACGUCAUGUUGUUCGACUCGGUCGAUCCCUUGAUGGUCCCGGCCUUCUCAACCUUCAAUCGAACUCUUGGCAUGUGGCUGAUCGGCUUCAUUAUUAUGGGAAUAUACUAUACGAACGCUUGGAAUACGGCCUAUCUCCCGAUCAACUCUAACCGUGUUUUCGACCACUUUGGCAAGAUUUACAACGUCUCACGUGCCAUCGAUGACCGCGGCAUGUACGACCACGAGAAGUACAUGGACUACUCUGCCGCCUACCUCGGUGCUGCCAACACUCUGGUCUAUGGCGCCUUCUUCGCCAUGUACGCCGCUGCCGUCACCCACGUUGCCAUAUUCCACCGCUAUGAAAUCAUGAUGGGUUUCAAGAACAUGUGGGCCAGCAUCCGCCGCAAGAAGACUGCCCCGGAGGAUGGGGAUGGCGAGUACAAGGACGUUCACAACCGUCUCAUGGCUGCAUACCCGGAAGUCUCUGAAUGGUGGUAUUUUGGUACUCUUAUUGUUGCCGCGGGCUUCGGCUUCGCUGGCGUCGCUGCCUGGCCCACUUACACCACUCCCGGUGUGGUUCCUUACGGUGUAUUCUUGGCCCUUAUCUUCGUGAUUCCUAUCGGCAUUAUCAAGGCUAUGACGGGCGUUGAGGUUACGCUGAAUGUCUUGGCAGAGUUCAUCGGUGGUAUGUGGGUGGAAGGUAACGCGCUGGCUAUGAAUUUCUUCAAGUCAUUUGGCUAUGUAACGUGCGCGCAUGCAAUUCAUUUUGCAAACGAUUUGAAAGUGGCUCAUUAUUUAAAGAUCCCCCCUCGUCAGACUUUUGCCUGUCAGAUGGUUGCUACCCUUAUUUCAACCUUUGUCUGCACUGGUGUCAUGAACUUCCAGAUCAACAUCGAGAAUGUUUGCACCCCCAACGCACCAAUGCGUUUCUUCUGCCCUGGGCCCAACACAUUCUUUACUGCAAGUAUCCUUUGGGGAACCAUUGGACCGAUUAAGGUGUUUGGACACGAAGGUCAAUACAACUACCUUCUGCUCGGCUUCCCCAUUGGCAUCCUGUUGCCUGUGGUGUUCUAUUUCCUCAUAAAGUACAUGCCAAAGAACCGGUAUCUUCGCCAGUUCCACCCCGUCGCACUCUUCUACGGAGGCGUCAACUGGGCUCCAUACUCGUUUUCCUACGCGUUUCCCGCCGUCCCCAUCGCCUGGCUGUCUUGGAUCUAUGUCCGCAACCGCUACCUGGCUUUCUGGUCCAAGUACAACUUUGUGCUUUCCGCCUCCUUCUCCGCCGGAAUCGCCAUUUCAGGUAUCAUCAUGCUCUUCACAGUGCAAUGGCUCGGCGCCGACAUCGAAUGGUGGGGGAAUUCUCAGAUCAGCGCCGGUUGCGAAGGCACGGCGUGUACCUUGAAAACCCUUUCUGACGGCGAGCGUUUCUACCCUUGGUGGAACCCCUCCCAGGUCCCAGCUCCUUAA